AUGACAAGCAGCAACUACGUGAUCAGGGUCCUCAACCUGUCAGAAAAGCCCCAAGACUUUGUGUUUUUCAACGACGCACCAAAGGCCUCGAAGUCCGAUCAAAAAAUCUGGCCCAUCAUCUGGAUGGGGGCUUCCGGCGUCGCUGCCCAGGACAGCGCCCAAUUCGACGCAAAGGCAGGCAACUAUGCCAUCUGCGGCGCGACCCCGAUUCAGAUCGAACACGGCGUCAAAGUCACCACGGCCAAGGCCGUCAACGUAGAGCUGACGGGCGCUCACAAGGACGGCACCGCUCCGCUCAUGGACGUUGUCGUUGACGGGGCGCAGUUCGUUGAGCCCUACGGCACUACGAAGAAGGACUACUCCUUUGGCAUCCAUACCACGGCAUUCGACGCCGACCGCCAUGAUACAGCCUUUUGCGGGUACGGCAAGGAAAACGCCGAGGGCGACGUCGUUCCGGUUGCCGUUUGGCGAGCCGCGCCCAGCGAGCACUACGAGCUGACGCCCAAGAUCGCGUACCAUGUGGGAACGGCAAACGUCGCCCCAGGCACUGCCGUUGAUAUGAGCACUUUGGGCGAGGUUCGCAAAAUCGACUUUUCCAAGGCCAAACCUGGCCAGACGAUCGCCACCGUCAAGCUUCGCAGUGACGGAACGUACACGGAACCGCACUUUGAGCGCCCUCCUGUCAAGCACGCUUGA